UAUAAGUGAAAGCAACUGAGACUUGGAAUUGUAAUGGGAUGUCGUGUACUGUCGCUCGUCUACGCAGAAACCCCUGUCGUGAAAAACCUGCGAAGAAUGCGUGCUGGCGCGAAUCGCGCGAAUCGACGGGCUUCAAUGCGCAGCACCAAUGUAACAAUGUUCUGCGCUCGGGCGGCAGGUCACACCGCCAAUCUAGCAGAAAAUCACCUGGGUCGCGCCAGAGUACGCCAGCAAACCUGCGAAGGAGCCAGGCUCUAAGGAGGUCGAUUCCGCUGCUAAUCGUCAACAUGGUUUUCCCUGCGUUAUACAGGCCAGCCGAGUAAUGGCUCGCAUUUCACGCGAAUUGUCUCCAGUCAACGAGGCCAAAAGAACUUCCCAAGGCUGGCAUGGAAGAAUGUCGAGGACUGGCAGGGAAUUGCGCCGUAAUGUCUCAAGCACCCGCUGCCCUGUACAUGCCUGGAAGAGACAGCGAGCUCAGCGGGGUUGUAUCAUGCCAGGAAAAAAAACAAGCCAGUUUGGGACGCCAAGAACUGCAACGGGUUUGGCAGCAGAACGCACGCAGAGAGAAAGGAAAAGGAAGACGAAUUUCAUUUCUGAAGGACAGCCUUCUGCGUGUCGCGAAAGGUCAGUGCCAAUCCAGGAAGUGAGGUGGAAGUAUUCGUCGGUGACGGGAUGUAUUGGCAGCGCUGUCACCACUGUGUCAUCACGUUCGGUGCGGCAGUGGACUGCCGGCAAGCGGAUAUGGCCUCUACUUGUGCUGAAAAGCCACAUAAGCCGACGUACAGCUCGGGGCUAGUAGCAACAAUUUCCAGUAAGCGACAGUACCUGGGCCUUCGUUUACUGCUGCUUCUGGCAUUGUUUCUUCCGGCGCCGACUCGGGCCAGGUAUGGAUCCUGGCAGUGCACGGCCAACAAGAAGGUGGUCAGCCGCGGCGACUUUCGUAGCUACCGCUUCGCGCCCGUCCUGUCGCCGCGCAUACGGGCCUUCCGCUGGUCGACCGCGCUGCACUACCUGAACAACCUGACGUGCGUGUACCGGCUGCGCGCGCCCUUCGGCCACCACAUCUACUACGAGCUGCCGACGUUCGACCUGCACUCGAACUGUCGCGGCGACAACGUGCUGAUCGCCGGCGGCGACCGGACGCACCGCAUGCUGUGCGGCAGCGGGCGCCGCCUGCUGCACCCGUACGGCAUUGUGCGCUCCAGCGCCGUCACCAUGAAGUUCAGCACGGACGCCAGCGGCACAGCCACGGGCUUCUCCGGCUUCUUCGCCGCGUUCAAGCCUCACGCAAACCUUGACCUGGCAUCUCUGAAGGCUGGCAAGGCGCCAAUACGAGCCAAGCGAGAAGAGCAGGCGGGGGACGAUGAUGACCAGUACAGUGAACCUAAGACGGCAGUCGGUGAGAUCAACCUGCAGCAAAUGCGUGUGCUGACCGGAGAGGCGUCGCUGGACAGCUACUGCCGCAGCAUGAAGCGCUUCGGCUGGGAGCUGGCCACCUCCAGCUGCGUGAUCCACUCCGAUCCGUGGAGCGUGCCGUCGCGGUCGCUCACGCACGCCUACCGCUCCAACAGCAACGACGACGCGGACUUCUAUGACGCGGCCAUCCGCGUGCUAUCGCGGCGCAGUGUGCCCGGCAAUGUCAUCUCCGAUGUACCUACAUCCAGCUUGCCCAGCCACGCCCGAACGACUGCGAAUCCGCUAGUGCAAGCUGCUGUCCGUCGGCACGUACGCAGGCAACGCGAAGAGGUCGCCCGCGACACAGGCCAGAUCCCCCGUGCCCAGCGUAGCAGUUCUCGUAUGCGAUGGCAAUAGAUGCAUUAUUUCUAACAUAGCCUAGGCAUUGUGCAUAUUCUUGCACCUUAAAACCCCAAAUUCGGCUACGCAAUGGGUCCACCCCAUUGUCCAUGCGGAUCCACUUGAAAAUAUAAUUAAUUUAUAAAAAUGAUUUAUUUUUAUUUUA